ACCAAAGCGGAAGCGACGCCAUAAUUCUUUUGACGUCAUUUAUCAAUAGCAUUGUAUAAACUAGCUUCAACAAACAACUUGACAAUGUAAAAGCCGUAGCCUAUAGAUCCGAACAGCUGGGCACUAUCUACUCUAGUGACUGUCGGUUACGUGCGUUAGUAAGUCCUGCAUUCCCGUCAUUGAUGUCGCGGUGAGACGAAGAAGGACUCUGGCUACAGAGGACGCAGGAUCUACUUCCUGUGUGCGUAGACCAGAGUCCAGGGCAAGUGGCGUCCAUAUGGAGGUGUCAAACAUGCUCUACAGCAGGGGCUACAGGCUGGGGCCGCGCAUUGGUAAAGGCAGCUACGCUAAGGUCAAGGUGGUUGAGAAGAUAGCAGACAGCAGGAUAUUGGCAGCUAAAAUCAUAUGCAGACGGCGUGCACCGAAAGAAUUUUUGGAAAAGUUUUUACCUCGAGAGUUAUCUGUCCUGCUGUCCUUGAGCCACACAAACAUUAUCCGAAUUUUCGAGAUCAUGCAAACCCUGGACAUGGUCUGUAUCAUCAUGGAGUACGCCGAGCGUGGUGACCUGCUGGAUUACAUCAAGAGAAGGGGGGCCCUGGAGGAAAAUGUCGCUGGUCACGUGUUUGCCCAAGUCUGUCAAGGAGUAGCGUAUCUCCACGGUCGCGAGAUCUGCCACCGAGACCUCAAGUGUGAAAACAUUCUUUUACGACGAGAUAUGACGGCCAUUUUGUCGGAUUUUGGCUUUUCUAGAACACUCCCAAAUAACAGUUUUUUAAGCAGUACGUAUUGCGGCAGUGCAGCCUACGCCUCACCAGAACUACUUCGCGGAAAGCCCUACAGACCAUUACAGAGCGAUAUAUGGAGUCUUGGGUGUAUUGUAUUUAUUAUGGUCACAGGACAGAUGCCAUUUUAUGAUAAAAAUACCAAAAAGAUGAUGUAUCGUCAGCUGAAAGGCAAGGUGAAUUUCCCCGAACAGCGCCAUGUGUCCGACAGUUGUAAGAGCCUGAUCAGCGGCACGCUGGAGCCCAACAGCGACCUCCGGCACAACAUCUCCUCCAUGCUGGCCCACCCCUGGCUGCAGCCCUACGUGCUCCAGAUCAACCAGAGAGCUGCAGACUUCUCGAGUGGCGCUCCUGGCGGGACUGGAGUAUUACAGGCAGCAGAGGCGCCACCCUUGGUUAGCGCGGGUCAGGAUAAGGUGGCGCCACACUCGGUAACCGCAGGUCAGGAUAAGGUGGCGCCACAGGAGGAAAAUGCGGGCGGCACGUCGGGUAGGAUCAAGUCGCCGACAGUUAUGGGAAAGGAGUUAUCUACAGGAAGUAACACCAGCACAUUGGAUGAGAAAUCGUCGUUUACGUCGAUUGAUUCUGAAGACGACGCCAAUCAGACAUUUUUACCCCUGGACAACAAGUCUCUGUGUCGGAUGCCAGGGAAAGCGUGUAUCGCUUUCGGAAAACCGGAAGUCAAGUUGCAGGAGAAUUUGUGCCACGGUGGAAACGUUUCUAGUACAGCUGUCGACCAAACAUUUAGCAGCGGCUUAGCCAGCGCGCUCAAAAUGUUGGGUGGCGCGCGUGCUUCCUCGACCAGCGUGGACCUACAGGACUGCCACCUAGCGCAGGUCAAGCACGAGUCGCCCAGCCAUGCCAGAAUUAAAGCCCAGAGAGCCGAGGAGAAGAAAAGCGACCAGAAUUUUAAGAUGAACAUCAAGAAGAUUCUGCAGGUUCCGCCCACAAAGAAUCGGGCGCUUCACGAGCAAACUGCCACGCCUCGAAAUAUCGGGACCUCGGCACACACAACCGGAAGUCUGGAAGCCGCAGAGGUGGGUGUCAUUAGAAUCGCCGGCUCCAAAUCUUGGAUGAACGAAAAAGCCAAGACAACACUCACCUCCUUUAACCCUACCUCAGUGCCCGCGCACCGGAGUCUACUAAAAACUGCCACUACUGCAACCGAUGUGUCGGAAGAAAAUACGCGAAGCUACCAAGAAGGCCUAGUCACACAAAUGCGCCGCAUUUUUGAGUCAAAAGAAGUUAGCACCUUAACAAAUCAAAGAAAUAAUAUAAGCAAUAAAAAUACAUGACCAUUAUGCUAAAAUUAAAAGAUAAAUGACAAACUCAUAAUGCACGAAACAUUCUUGUAAAAUUUAUUCACACAUU